CCUAUCUGGAUCCUGUGGUCCUUAGACAUUCAGUCAAUCAGUCUAGUGGGUAGGUCUAGGUGGUGAGUGGGAUAGUUCCUGUCGUGCACCUGACACCAUGGACGAGUACCCUAUGUACGGCUUAAUCGUGGGGUUCUCCCUGUGGGGGACCCUCUGGCGUCUUCUCUUUCCUCUGGGAUUCUGGAACACGAUGACGUAUAGAGUAGAGAUGAGGGGUGGCGCUAGUACCACUCCCUACACCCCGGAGCAAGAGGAGGAGGAGGAGGCUGCGAGAAUCUUGGCUGAGCACAAGGCCAGAAAGGAGAAGAAGGAGGUGGUGAAGCAGGCCAAGAAGUUGGCCUUGUUGCAGGAGCAAGCCGCAAAGAAAAAGAAGUUGGAAGAAGAGCUGGAAAGGCUGAAGGAGGAGGAAGAGAAGUUGAAAGCAGAGGAAAAAGAAGAAGAAGAAGAGAAAAAGGUGGAAGAAGAAGUGGCCCUCAUUAGAAGAAAGGAGGCGGCGAUGUUAUAUGUCCCCAGGGAAAAACAGGAGGCGGUCAUAAGGGAAUUGGAAGCAGAGGAAGAUCCUCUCAAACGGCAGACGAUAGAGGAGGAGAAAAAGUUGGAAUGGAAGUUGCGUCUGACCAAGGAGAGGAAGAAGAGGAUGGAGGCGGCGAGUAAGGUGGCGAAAGAACUGGAGGAGGUGAAACAGCAAAGGGUACAGAUAGAGGCACAGGCGGAUUUACAAGGAAAGAUGGAGGUGAUGGCGAGGAACAUAGAACGCCUGGUGCAAGCUCUGGAGCAGCAAUACCAAUUUGGGAGGAGUCAGGAUAUAGCCCUGCGAUCAAUACGAUUGGGGUUUAGAGAGUUUGCACGCGAAAUGAUACUGCACGUGGGAUCAGAAGUACAGGCGAGACUAGAGGGUACAAAGCGAUUCUGCACAGGCGCCAUAGAAGGCGCAAAGUUGGCUGCACCAAGAGAGGAAGAAGUUCGUCCCCGUAGGGAGCCUGUUAAGGUGAAGUUCCCUGAUUCCUACUGUGGGAAGGAGGAGGAGAACUUCGAUAACUGGGAGGCAAAUGUAAACUCCUAUGUGCAUCUUCAAACGAUAUCUCCUGACGAACAUGUGCUCAUAGCCUUCCAUGCGCUCAAAGACGAAACAGCGAGCUUCGCUAUAUCGCUUUGUCGCGCUGCUAAGUGCGAUAACGAUAUGGUUGCCUAUUCUACAAUCACCCCUCUCAGUGAGUUUUUCAAAUUAUUGCGCGAAAGGUUUGCAGAUGUCACACGAAGCCUUAGGGCUUCUGACAAACUGCAAACCAUUCAUUUCCGCCAGUGGAGGAGUGCCAUGGCACUCAAGGGUGUCAUGGAUGAGUUGGAUGUCGUUCCUGAGCAUGGGGUCACUGAGACCCAAUUAGUCAACCUAUUCUAUCGUGCCAUACCCAAACCUUUACGAGGGCACUUCUUUGAGAAGAGUAGGGAGUCUACCAUGACUUACGAUACCUUGAGUAGGGAAGUGGUGGCGUAUGAGGCGUAGUCCAUGUCAGUUUCCACUUUCUGACACAAGGACUUAUAUAAGGGCAUGAAGUGGAGAGGCCGUACCAUCUCAGGUCAAG